AUGCUUAAUCCGCGGUUUUGCAACAUCGCUGCUUGCGCUCCUGAGAAAGUUCCAUCUGAGCCGUGGGUCGGGGUCUCUCUUGACGUUCGCAAGGCGCGCCGGCGGGUUUUGCUGGCCUGGGCGGGUCGCGCCCUGCUCGCCUUUUCAUUCCUGGGGCGUUUCUUUGUCUCCAAGAACUUGAAUUUUGGAGCCAGGGCAUCGGCGUUCUGGUGGGGUCGAAUCGCUGGUAUGCUCAUGCGUCUGUCGCAUGCUGUCAUACGGCUCCUUCACUUGUGGGAUUAUGUCGACGGUUUUUUAGCGGCUUUCCGCUCCUCUACAGCGCCACUCCAUGCGAGCCUCUGGCUAAUUCUCUUCAUGUCGAUGGGGUUACCCUCUACUUCCGUUGCGGUGUCACCAGCGCUCUGGGAUCGGCUCUUGUCCGCUUGCGAUGACGAGUGCGUGCUCCGGCAGUCAACUGGUCACGCGUCCCUGCCGAAGUCUGCUCGGGUGAUCCGCGUAGCCAACACUUUCGUCACUUCCAAGCAGCAGCAGUCCGUGCGUGGGGAGAGUGCACCCUUGUCCUGCUCCUUGCUGAGACCGUUACCGCUGCUGGUCAUUGCUGAAGCUGAUGCAUUUGCGGAUGCGUCCUUGUGCGGCCUUGGCGGGUACAUCUCUUGGCCUUCUGGGAGGUGUUCCUGGUUUAGCGUCACCUUGACUUCAGCCGAAGUGGCGCGUCUGUGCGAUGUUAUGCCUGCACCUCUGCAAUCGCACAUUGCCGCCUUGGAACUUCUGGCGCAGCUUUGCCUCUUGUGGGUCACUGACGCUGCUCUUCCUGGAUGCCGCACGGCCUUAGAGGUGGCGCUGCGCUGCGAUAAUUCGGCAGCUGAAGCGGCUGCCCACAAAGGGUUGUCUUCCGUUCGAUCUCUGGCCUGGGUUCUUCGAAGGUUCUGCGCUUGCGAGCAAGCCUUCAAUAUUCGAGCUGCUCCGGAACACAUCCCGGGUUAUCGCAAUGCGCUGGCCGAUGAGCUGAGCCGCCUCGGCACUUCGACACCUCCUCUGGCGCUUGCAGACCGAUGUGCUCCACCGCUUACAGAGCUGCUGCGUGCCCCCACUCAGCUCCGGCUGGGCCCUCCGCCUUCGGCGGCUCGCUGGCCGUCCUACCUCGAGAUUUCUGUUUUGCUUGGCAUGUUUUCCAUUGUUUGUGGUCCGGCAGUUUCUUGCUCGAUUCGCUACCAGGAGGCGCUAACAGCCCUGCUGACUCGAUCGUGGCAAGUCCUCUCCUACGGCCUUGCCGCCAUUGACCCUUUCCUGUGUAUCCAGUACACCCAGGCCAACACGAACUUGUAUGAGAUUAGCAACGGAUGUGGCAGUUUCAUGCUGCAAGCUUUCUUUGCCCGUCCUUCCUUUGGCCGACGCGAGGCAAGGAUUGGGCUCUCGUAUAGCGAUGAACGGAGUUACAUGCGAGUGGAAGGCCUUGUUCGAGUCCGGUGUGUGCUUUGGCAGGUCCCAGUCUACAGCACCAUCGAAGUCACAUUGCCGCUCACUGUGGACGAUGCGGCUGCGAUCCUCAACAAUGUUACCGUGCAGGAUGCCAUGAAGCAAGGCUUCGCAACGGCGAUGGAAGUGCCCGUGGAGGAUGUGACACUGGAGAUUCGGCAAGUUCGGCGGCUGAGUGCUCACACGAGGAAGCUUCAGACUCAGCUGUUGGCCAUCUUCUCAGUGGCCAUGCCCGGCAUCGAGGACGCCAUCGCGAAGCAGGCGGAGAUCGAGGCCGUUUCCUUGGAAGCCACCAACCAGGCCAUUGCCAGUGCGGUCGCGAGCGUGGGCUUCUCUGGUGCCUUGGAGGUUACCGGCAAGACGUCCGCGAGAGUUGCGGUUUCGACCACGACGCCGACCACGACAUCGACCACGACGGUUUCAAAUGUCUCAACCACCGAAACCGAUGUCUCAACCACCGAAACCGACGAGACGCCGCCCGGUGAGGAGCUCAGCAAAGGUGGACUGGCCGUUGCUUCGCUGAUGAUCGUGACGGUAGUGGCAAUGACCCAGCGAAAGCCCAUCUUCUUCGAAGAAUUUCAACUUGUCCAAGUGUGGCUGCGCCGCCGCUGCCGCGCCUGCCCACUUGGGCUCGUCCGCUCCGCCGUCGACUCCUGCAAAUUCCUGGAUUUCCAGGAUUUCCAUGCAGCUCCCGACCAGAUCCCGACCACGCAGUUACGGAUCUAUCAUUGCUUCUAUCUUCGGGCGCUGGGCCUGGCAACCAUCCCGACCCGAUCCCGAUCUUUCCUGCUCCGAGGACUGUCGCCGAAUGACAGGUUCAAGUCGGUUCAAGCUUUCCUUGUUGUACGUACAUGGGACCAAGCAAGCAGCACCACAAGCGAGCACAAGCAGGAGGUCCGUGCUGUGUCCUGGCCCCAGGUCGACCCCGCUGUUUGCUUAUCCACCCUGCUUCAGCUUGUUGCAGUGCUGGCUGUGCUGGCCCUUUGGCAGGUGACGAGUGGUCAAAAGCUAUUCGAUGAUGCGAUGCGGAAGUGGACACUGCAAAAGUCUCAUCACGACUAUGAGAGGCGCCUCCGUCAGAUGGGAAUCCAAAUGAAUCUUCCAGGAGGUUUUCCGCAGGUUCGAACAGCAGAUCCUGGCCCACAGCCGCAGCUCUCGGCUUUCAAGGACAAAGUGGAGACCAAGCGAUGUGAAGGCACGUCUGAGCGUUUCUCCCGGCGGCAUGACGGCCUGCUCCAGCGCACGAAGGAGUUGCUGGAACGGGGCCAGGACUUAAGCGAGCUUACCGCUCCGCCCCUUGAGAUCUUCUUCUGGCACCGCUUGGUGGUCGACGAGCUCCAUGAGCCGCUUCGGGUGCUGCGGGAUGCCGCUGGCUUGCGACUGGAAGGACCAGGUCCCCUUUUCUUUGCACCAUCCAUGCGACAUCUUCCUUCUACGCCAGUUUGA